AUGGAAGUGGCCGGCUCGCACCGGGCCACGGUCGCCCGCCGGGCCGCGUACGUGGCGGCGAGGCUGGCCCCCGUGCUGGCGCGAGGAGCGGUGCACUCCCAGGUGUCCUGCGGGCCGCGCUACACGCAGCGGACGGCCCUGAAGCUGCGCCUCGCCCUGCAGGACCUCGGCCCGGCCUUCGUGAAGCUCGGCCAGUGCCUGGCCGCCAGGGAGGACGUCCUGAGCGAGGUCGUGGCGCUGGAGCUGCGCAAGCUCUGCGAUGCCGUGCCCGAGUUCCCCGCCGAGGAGGCGCGGGGGCUCCUCGCCCGGGAGCUGGGGGCGCGCGCCCCCGAGUUGCCUGCGAGCCCGCUAGCCGCCGCGAGCCUCGGCCAGGUGUACCGCAUCCGCCUGGACGGGGCCGACUACGCCCUGAAGGUGCAGCGCCCUGGGCUGCGCGCCCUGCUGGCGGUGGACAUGGUGAUACUCAGGGGCAUCGCGAAGUUCUCGCGACUGCUGGUUCGAAGGCUCUGCGCAGCCACCAUGGACCCAGUCGAUGUAAUCGAGAAUUGGGCAAAGACUAUGUGGGCAGAGCUGGACUACAUGCAGGAAGCCCAGGUCAUGGAGGACAUGAGGGGCAAACUAUGCCCCGUAGUGCCGGAUCUGGUGAUCCCUCGCGUGCUCUGGAGGCUGACGUCUUCGCGCGUACUAGCUACAGAGUGGGUGCAUGGCAUCAAAGUGACCGAUCGGCCGCAGUGUGUCACUUCCGAUCACAUCUCGGUAGGCGUGGAGGCAUACGCUGCGAUGAUCGUCGAUCUAGGUAUUGUGCAUGCCGACCCGCAUGCUGGAAACCUGCUCAUCACAGAGCCAGGUGGUAAGGUAUGCCUUCUCGAUUUCGGCAUGGUUGUCGAGGUGCCUGAACAUCACCGGCUUGUGUGGGCCCAGUGCGUCGUUGACCUGGUUCGCGGGAACUACCCGAGAGUGCUGGAUUGCCUCAUUGGCCUCGGCUUCUUUCCCCCAGACUGUCCGCGCGAGGUCAUCCUCCCAGUGAUGUCUAAGAUCUGGGCCGAACUGGUGGCCUGCGGCAGCGACACGAAGAAGCGGAAGGACGCAGUGAGGACCUGCUUCGAGGAGAUCAAGGUCUUGGUGCGCAAGUUCACCUUCGACGUCCCCGACUACUACCUCGCGCUGGCCCGCGCCCUCCUGACCCUCGAGGGCGUCGCCCUGACCGCCAACUGCGACUUCGAUAUCUUCGAGGCGGUGUUUCCACUCGCCACCGUCGUCGCGUUCGCCGUUGGCGUCAUCUCCGUUGACUCCGACCUGCACGACGGCGACCAGGACUCUGCUCCACGCAGGGGCCGCGCGCUCACCGACCUUACAGACUCGCGCUCGCCGCUGAAGGAAGAGUACCCCGUGAACUGCUUCCAGGGCGACGGCGGCGGCAGCACCCCCAGCACGGUGGGAGAUGCCGAGUUCGAGUCGCUCGCCGGGCGCGGGCGACUCGCGAAGAUCGAGUCGGGCUCGUGCCUGGUGCAGAUGGUGGGGGCGAGCUCGGACUCCGAGGGGAAGCUCGACUCACCAGGUCGCCGCUGGUGCGACGAGAUGCCGACCUCCGAGGAGGAGGUCGGCGGUCUCUGGGGCAUCGGCGGCGGCGGCGCGGAGGCCACGCAGCAGACGGCGGCCAAGGCCGUGGCGUCCUUCAACCGCGACGCGGCCGCGUUCCGGCCCGAGGCGGCGGCGGCCGCGUUCCGGCCCGAGGCGUGGCCGACCGCGACCGACGUGCAGUACGCGGUGAUGCAGCAGGAAUUGGCCGCCUGGUGGGGCUGCCAUUCUGGCCCUGGCUUCCCCAUGGCGCCGGGGCUGCCGCCGACGCUGCCCCCGCUGCCGACCCUGUCCACCGUGCCGCCGCCCCCGCAGGGGGACGCAACGAGGGCGGCGCUGGGCAGGCCCAUCGGCGCGCCCGGGUUGCUGCCGCAGCAGCCCACGGUCUGCGUCAAGCUGGAUGCCAUCCUCAACCUAGACCAGGCAGACGCUAAGGAGAAGGCCCCGGCGCGCGCUGGCCGCAAGAAGGGGGCCAAGAAUCGUGGCGGCAGCCAGGAGCCGGUGCGCAACCCCCAGGGCGGCAAGGCCAGUGGCCCCGCGGAUCCCGCCGUGGAGGGGAAGCCCCUGAGGGCGGUCAAGACGGCCCCCGGCCAACUUGACAAGAUGUGCCAGGAGAAGGCGGAGACCCCGCCGAGGAGUCUGGAGAAGAAGGCGAAGCAGCCGAAGCAGCAGGCAGCCCCGCAGCCGAAGCCGCCGCUGCAGGAGGCGCCGCAGGAGCAGCCGCAGUCCCCCGCGGCGGCGGCCGCCGCGCCGCCGGCUCCCGCGGCCGACGCCGCGCCGGAGGCGCCCGCGGCGGAGGAGGUGGAGAAGGCUCCGGUGCCGAUAGAGCAGCAGACCACGGUGAUGUUGCGGAACAUCCCCAACAAGUACACGCAGGCGAUGCUCCUGAGCCUCCUGUCCGACCAUGGUUUCGGGAAGAGCUUUGACUUCGUGUAUCUCCCGAUGGACUUCCGCAACGGCGUGAACCUGGGAUACGCGUUCGUCAACGUGGCCACGCGCGAGGACGCCACGCGGCUCAUGGAGACCUUCCAGGGGUAUGACAAUUGGAUAUUCGAGAGCCCCAAAGUCUGCGAGGUGUCGUGGGCGCACCCCCACCAGGGGCUGCACGAGCACGUCGAGCGCUACCGCAACAGCCCUGUGAUGCACGGGUGCAUGCCAGACGAGCCCGCGGCCCGUGGCACCUCCGACGCCAUCGCUCGCGAUCUCUGCGCGGAGGGGGCCGUGCAAAGUGGACUCUCCUUCUUGCGCGGUGCGGUGCCUCCCCUCGGGGCCCUCCGGUGCCACUGGCAGUGGAGGCCUGCGAUGGCCGUGGCCUGGAGCGCCGUGGGGCCCGCCGCGGCGCCCGCCGCCCGAGGCUGCGCCGCGCCGGCGCCCAGCCAGGGGCGCGCCCGGUGGCGGGGCCGCGCAGGCAGCUCCCCAGCGGCGUGGCGCGCGGCCGCGCGGGCGGCGCGAGCCAGCGCUGGCGCCGCCGUGCCGCUGGCGCUGGCAGUGGGCACUGGCCGCCGUGGACGCUGCCGCCGCGCGUCGACGCUGGCCCGGUACGCCUCCUCGCCGGGCGGCGCGAACGGCGUGCCCAAGAAUGGGGCGACCGCCCCCGCCGCGGGCCUCCCGCCCCGCAAGACGGGGGUGCUGCUGCAGAACAUCGGGACGACGCCAGCGUCCACCUCUGUCGACGACGUGCGCGACUAUCUCAGCCGCUUCCUUGGCGAUGACCGCGUCAUCGACAUCGAGCCGGCGUGGCUGAAAUUUAUCGCGCUGCAGAUCCUGCUGGGGACACGGCCGGCGAAGUCCGCGGCGAACUACGCGCGCAUCUGGGACGAGGACCAGACCGUGGCUCCCCCCUGCAGUUCCACACCGAGGACCUGGUGGUGA